CUGUGACGGUUAACAGACGCAUAACAGCACGUAACUCAACAAUACAAAUAAAAAUAAUUAAAUAUAUUAAAAUCAAACUUUAUUGUUAGCCGAUGGAACGGUGCGUUUAAUAAACAAUAAUGUAGCGGAGUGUCCGAAUUUGCCCAGAACUGAGUGCCGGUGCGGGAAAACAAAGAUCGGCAUGACCAACAACGCGAUUGGCGAGUUGAUUUAAAUGGAAAACUUUGAAAACAACAGUCUCUUGAUAACGAAAGGAGCGAGAGCCCCACUAAAAAUUGCAUGCAAAGCGGAAAAGUCUAGCCUGAUUUACUACAAAGAAACCCUAAGGAAUUGCCAGUAGGAAGAAGGAACUGGUGAUCCUCAAACACAAUCGUCGCCAUGAUGGACAACCGGCAAUUGGCCUACGCCGAGCUCCAAAUGAGGUAUGAGCCACCGGUGGAAGACCUGGACCUGCCCUACAUGCCCUUCUCAUUCAAUCUGUGGAAGAACGAGCCCCCGGACUGGGUAGAUCUUAUAUGCAUGCUGCCCAAUGGAUCCGCGCUGGGCCUGCGGGUCACCCCGGCCACCACCAUCCAGCUGAUCAAGGCGGAGAUGGUCAGCCAGGGCAAGAAGAUGGCGCUGAGUCAUGUGAUCAAGGAGGCCUGCGAGUACCAAGUGUACGGCAUCUCCGCAUUCAACAUCGAACCGUACACGGACGAAACGAAGCGACUGUCCGAGGUACAGCCCUACUUUGGACUCCUUGUCCUCGGCGAUCGCACCGACACCAACAGCAUUUCCAGCGACUACGAGUUGACCAAGAUGGUCAGCGGGAUGAUCGGCCAGUCUUUCGACCACCAUAGGACGCAGGGCACGCCAGAGAUCGACGACUUUCGGUUGAGCAUGAUGCAGAUAACCGAUAGCAUCGAGAUGGAGAGAAAUGUAUACACUUGGCAGCAGCGCCUACUGUACGAGCACCCAUUGCGCCUGGCGAACUCCUCAAAGAUGCCCGAACUGAUACGGGAACGCCACCAAACCCGGACCUUUCUCAUCGUGGUGAAGAACGAGCUUGACCAGAGCUCCUUCACACUGUCCGUGAACGAACAGGACACACCCCUCACCCUCACGGAGAGCACGCUGCAGAAGAUGAACCGAUCGCAGAUGAAGAUGAAUGACCGUGCCACCGACUAUAUACUCAAGGUGAGCGGUCGCGACGAGUACCUGCUCGGCGACUAUCCAUUGAUUCAGUUCCUGUAUAUCCAAGAAACACUCUCGGAUACGGCGGUGCCCAAUGUGGUGCUGCAGCUGGUGUACCGACUGGAGUCGUACAUCAAUCACCACAACGAGCAGGCGAUGGUGCCGAAACGACCACCGCCGAAGAAGCAACCUGCCCUGCUCCCCAAGACGCCCUCGUCGCUGUGGGACAUGGGCAACUACUUCCAGCUGACGCUGCACAGCAUCUCAAACGUGAACUACGACCGUACGCGUGCCUUCAAGGUGGGCGUCCAUGUGGGCCUUUUCCACGGUGAGCAGAAGCUGUGCGCACAGCGGUCGGCGGAUGCGCCGAACAACAACUCAAACACUUUCCUGUUCAACGAUCUGGCGAUGGACUUCGACAUACAGAUGCGCAACCUGCCGCGAAUGACACGCCUCUGCAUUGUGAUCUUUGAGGUGACCAAGAUGUCGCGCUCGAAGAAGUCGUCUAACAACAAGGACACCGCUCUCAAGGAUGUCUCUUACAACAAGAACCCGCUGGCCUGGGUUAACACCACGCUGUUUGACUACAAGGACAACCUGCGCUCCGGUCGCCAAACGCUGUACACGUGGACAUACGCGGACGACAUCCAAUCGGUCGAGGUGUUCCACCCGUUGAGCACUAUUGAACCCAACCCGCGAAAGGAGGAGUGCGCCCGUGUGGAGCUGACAUUCCACAGCGGAUCCGGAAACGUGGUUUACCCCUCCGAGGAGGUGGUGCUGCAGUACGCCGCGGAUCGGGCGCAGGCCACCCGAAAGGAGAAUCUGCUGCAACAGCAACCGGAGAAACCGCUUAAGGAACUGAAAGACUUACUGGCCAAUUACACGGGACUGGACAAGAUCUACGAAAUGGUUGAUCAGGAUCGCAAUGCCAUUUGGGAACGCAGAAACGACAUCAUGCGCGAGGUCCCAGAGGAGCUCUCCAUACUGCUUCACUGCGUCUACUGGAAGGAGCGCGACGAUGUUGCCGACAUAUGGUACCUGCUUAAGCAGUGGCCGCUUAUUUCCAUAGAACGCUCCCUAGAGCUGCUGGACUAUGCCUAUCCAGACCCAGCCGUACGACGAUUUGCCAUCCGGUGUUUACAACUCCUCAAGGACGAAGACCUACUGUUGUACCUGCUGCAACUGGUCCAGGCUAUCAAACACGAAUCGUAUCUGGAGAGCGAUUUGGUAGUGUUUCUUUUGGAGCGAGCGCUGCGAAACCAGCGCAUUGGCCACUACUUCUUCUGGCACCUGCGCUCAGAGAUGCAGACGCCGUCCAUCCAGACUCGGUUCGGACUCCUACUAGAGGUAUACCUCAAGGGCUGCAAACAUCAUGUGGCGCCACUCCGCAAGCAGCUGCACGUGCUGGAGAAAUUGAAACAGGGGUCCCUGAUUGCCAUUCACGGAGGUAGCAGCAAGGAGAAGGUGAAGGCCGUGCUGCAAAACUUUCUUAGGGACCAGCGCAACUCGGCGGUCUUUCAGAACAUCCAGAACCCACUCAACCCAAGCUUCCGGUGCAGCGGGGUUAUUUCAGACCGGUGCAAGGUGAUGGACAGCAAGAUGCGCCCGCUGUGGGUGGUAUUUCAAAACGCAGACGUUAACUCCAGUGAUGUGCACAUAAUUUUUAAGAAUGGAGAUGAUCUGCGCCAGGACAUGCUUACGCUGCAGAUGCUUAGAGUGAUGGACAAGCUGUGGAAAAACGAUGGAUUGGACUUCCGCAUGAAUAUCUACAACUGCAUAAGCAUGGACCAGCGCCUCGGCAUGAUCGAGGUGGUGCGGCACGCAGAGACUAUUGCCAACAUUCAGAAAGAGAAGGGCAUGUUCUCGGCCACGUCACCAUUCAAAAAAGGGUCCCUCCUCAGUUGGCUCAAGGAGCACAAUAGGACCGCCGACAAGCUAAACAAGGCCAUCAACGAGUUCACCCUCAGCUGUGCUGGCUACUGUGUGGCCACCUAUGUGCUGGGUGUGGCCGAUCGGCACUCGGACAAUAUAAUGGUCAAAAAAAACGGACAGCUUUUCCACAUUGACUUUGGGCACAUCUUGGGCCAUUUCAAGGAAAAGUUUAAGGUGCGCCGUGAGCGGGUGCCCUUCGUGUUGACCCAUGAUUUUGUAUAUGUGAUCAACAAGGGCUGCACCGACCGCGAGGCGAAAGAGUUUUGUCACUUUCAGAAAUUGUGCGAGCGCGCCUUUUUAGUUUUACGUAAACACGGCUGCCUUAUUUUAUCGCUGUUCUCAAUGAUGAUUUCAACGGGACUGCCAGAACUGUCAUCCGAAAAGGACUUGAACUACCUACGUGAAACUUUAGUGCUGGAUUAUACGGAAGAAAAAGCACGCGAACAUUUCCAAGCGAAAUUCAGCGAAGCUUUGGUUAACUCCUGGAAGACUUCCCUUAAUUGGGCCUCGCACAACUUCUCCAAAAACAACAAACAGUAAACAGACAACUACAUCGACAUCAAGAACUUGGCAACACGAUCGUAUCGAAGUCAACCUACCAUGCGCCCACAAACAACCCCACUUACCACGUCACUUUUCUUUCCUGCCUGCCUUUCUGAGCCUCUGCAACAGGCGUAGUACAAUUUUGUAUCCAACUCAUGAAGUUCAAAACUAUGUGUUCACUAUGUUAGGCCGAGAUAAGCCCCCCACACAGACAGACCCCUCACCCAUAGAUGAUAAUCCACAAGUGCUCCAAUAUACUUUACUGUUACUUUGUACAUUUACGUGUUCACCUAUUCUUGUAAUUCUAAUCAUUUAUCGCCCCUCAUUCAGUGACCCUUGGACUUUGUUGUCUUUUAAUCAAUUGUUGUUUAAGCACCCCACACAUGCGCACUCGCAUGAACGUGCAAAAAUUGUAUCCUAUUAUGCUAUAUUAAUUUAAGGUCAUUAACUCUAUAAGUUUACAAUCAACGAUUUUCUAUCCCUAAAUUGCGAUUAAUUGUGUACAUUAAUUUAUGUCUGCUUCUGUCGCCAGCAACAAAUCAGCAGUUUUGUGUUUUCCGGUUUCAUUUUAACAUCAGUUCUCUAAUAUUUGUAAUGUAUUUUGUAAAUCGUUGGACAACUACAAUUAAAUGAAACAACUUAAAUACAUAAACGAACGAAUGUAUACAAUUUAAACGAAAAGGAAAAUAUAGAUACAUAAUGUGCUUCUACGUUUACGUACCAACAA